CUCAAGUAACCCAGUUUAUGUCAUUGAGUCCUCUUAUUUCUCUCUCGCUGAAGUGAACUUAUCCUCUUGCCGGAAGAUUUUCAAUGCUACACUCCCAGAUGAUUAUAUAUAUGGAGGGGAAUCUUUUAUGAAUUGGUCAAAACCUAUGUGCGGAAACUGUGAAGCAAAAGGAAACAAGUGCCAACGGAAGAAGAAUAAUAGCACGGAACUUGAAAUCGAAUGCAUUGAUAAACCAGCAAAAGGUGCUCCAAUGGAUAAAAUGGUGCUUACAGAAGCAAUCCUUGGUUUCCUUCAUUUCACUUUUGGAAUCUUUAUAAUAUUUAUUGUCUAUCGCUCUAAUAAGUUGAAAAGAGAGCAUAGAAUAAAUAUUCAAAAGUUUUUGGAAGAUUAUAGAGCUCUCAAGCCCUCAAGGUACUCCUAUGCUGAUAUUAAAAAGAUCACAAAUAAUUUCAAGGACAAACUAGGUCAAGGAGGUUAUGGGACUGUUUAUAAAGGAAAGCUCUCAAAUGAAGUUUUUGUUGCAGUAAAGAUCCUUGAUGAUUUCAAAGGAAACGGGGAAGAUUUCAUUAAUGAAGUAGGAACAAUGAGUACCAUACAUCAUGUUAACGUGGUUCGGUUGCUCGGGUUUUGUGCAGAUGGAUAUAAGCGAGCUUUGAUUUAUGAAUUUUUACCAAAUGAGUCACUAGACAAGUUCAUAUUUUCAGCAUUUGGCAAUAAUUAUUCUCUAGGUUGGCAUAAGCUUCAAGAUAUUGCUAUUGGCAUAGCUAAAGGUAUUGAGUAUCUUCACCAAGGUUGUGAUCAAAGAAUCCUUCAUUUGGAUAUCAAACCUCAUAAUAUUUUGCUUGAUCAUAACUUUAAUCCGAAGAUUUCUGAUUUUGGUUUAGCCAAAUUAUGCUCUAAGGAGCAAAGUGCAGUAUCUAUGACAGCAGCAAGGGGGACCAUGGGUUAUAUUGCACCAGAAAUGUUAUCAAGAAAUUUUGGGAAUGUGUCUUCUAAGUCAGAUGUUUAUAGUUUUGGUAUGUUGUUGAUUGAAAUGGUAGGGGGAAGGAAGAAUAUUGAUGCUACAGUAGAAAAUACUAGUCAAGCAUACUUCCCAGAAUGGCUCUAUAAUCAUUUGGAUCAAGAGCAAGAGGUACACAUCCGAAUUGAGGACGAAAGUGAUAUUAAAAUAGCAAAGAAACUAAGCAUCAUAGGGCUUUGGUGUAUCCAAUGGUAUCCAAUAGAUCGUCCUUCCAUGAAAAUUGUGGUUGGAAUGUUGGAAGGAGAAGAAGGCAAUUUAGUUAUGCCUCCUAAUCCUUUUACCUCUAUGGGACAAACAAGGACAAGUGUUAGAAGACGCAAAACAUCUAUCCAACCAGAGUUGACAGUCAUAUCAGAAAUAGAAUAAGAAGUUGUCUAUUAUGAGUGUUUAAUUUGGGUAAUAAUCAUGUUGUAAUAAAUGGUGAUAAUGUAAUCUCGUUAUUUA